AUGACCGGCCUCAUCCCCCUCGCCCUCGGCACCUCCGACUCGGCCUCCAAGAGUCGCGUCUCCUUUCUCCUCCCAGCCUGCGACGCCCUCCACAGCAAACAGAACACCAUGUCGCCGCCUCUGAACUCCUCGCCCUCAAGGCCCAAGCUUCCCCGCCUCUCUCCUCCUAGGCCCCCCCGCCGCAAGCUCCCCUCCUCGGCCGCCGAGUGGACGAGGGCCCUCGACGACGUCAAGAGGGCCUGUCUGAGCAACAGGUACGACGAGUGCUCCUCCCGCUGCCUCGAGAUCCUCGACCUCGCGGCACCGGACCCGGUAGAGCCAGCGUACUUGGUCUACCUCCGCUUCUACGCCGCCACCGCCCUCGAGGCCCAGGCCAGCAGCCAGCCCUCGCGCCCCCGCCGCAUUGCCCUCCUCCAACAGGCCCAGGCCCACUACCGCGCCGCCUCGCUUCUCGCUGAGCAGCCAUUGGCGCCGGGCCUCUCUCGCAACUCGUCCCCCAUGCCCAGUCUCCGCUCCUCCACCGCCUCCGACCUCUCCUGGUCGCCCGUCUCGUCCCGCAUGUCUUCGCCCGACCCGUCCUUUGGCUGGCCCGACGACGGCCCCAAGACCCCUGAGCCGGCCCCCGUCAAGGCCAAGAAGCGCGUGUCCUUUCGCGACGACGUCGAGCCCUUCAUCAGGCCCGACUCCCCCACCCUCGGCUUCGAAAGCUGGCCAGCCCCGACGCCCUCCCGCCCCGCCUCGCCAGAGUCCAUCCUCAAGCAGGACAAGGCUCUGUCGCUCAACCAGAUGCCGCCUUCCGCCGCUCCGCAGCUCACCCGUCUCGUCGAGGUGUCCGAUGACCCCUUCGUCGACGCCUCCAGGUCCCCCCGCUACCACAGCCUGCUCGACGGGCUACGUCAUGACAUGCUCGCUCGCGUCGCUGCCCUUGACACGACCAUCGCCGCUUGCCAGGCUGAACCCGUGUCCAAGCAUGAGGAACAUGCCGGGGACUUGAAGGCUCGAGCUGAGCGGCUGCGCACCAACGGAUGGCGGCGUCCUCGAUUCGAUGCCCAGCGCUACCAGACGCUGCGUGAGAAUGCCCUGGCCGACCUGGCGCUAUGA